CUCACUUACUCGGUGAUUUUCUUGUCCAGCACCUUAACGUCGACAACCAACAGCCAAAGGCAUCCGUCAACAUGCCUACUCGCCUUACCAAGACGCGGAAGCACCGUGGCCAUGUCUCGGCCGGUCACGGUCGUAUUGGAAAGCACCGCAAGCACCCCGGAGGUCGUGGUAUGGCCGGUGGUCAGCACCACCACCGUACUAACCUCGACAAGUACCACCCCGGUUACUUCGGAAAGGUCGGUAUGAGACGCUUCCACCUUCUCCGCAACCACCAGUGGAAGCCUACCAUCAACAUCGAGAAGCUCUGGUCUCUCGUCCCCCAGGAGACUCGCGACCAGUACCUCGGUGAGAACGCCAAGGCCGACAGCGCUCUCGUCCUCGACCUCCUCGCUCUCGGAUACUCCAAGCUUCUCGGAAAGGGUCGUCUUCCCGAGAUCCCUCUCGUCGUCAAGGCCCGCUACGUCUCCCGUGAGGCUGAGCGCAAGAUCAAGGAGGCCGGUGGUGUCAUUGAGCUCGUUGCGUAAACAGCUCUUUCACAACGAAAAAAAAGAUGGAAGGCAUAGGAGACGGAUACGGCUUAUGAGAUACCAAAGGAGGAUACCCGAGACAUAAAAGGGAAUUUUCGAGUCCCAUGGGCGGAACGGAUCCUCCUGCUGCUGCUGGCAAGGUUCAAGGAAGGAGUCAGGCUGGAUAGGGAACCAAAAAGCAGGCCCUGUUCGAUAGACUACUCCGACUUCUGUACGCUAAAUCCUGAUCUCUAUGAAUGGCAAGAAAAGAAAACGUUACGCCCAUACUUGGUCUCUACACGAGGAAUACUCCCCGUAAGCCGUAUUCAUAAUGGACUAUUCUUCGCACCGGAUGCCUGUAUUCUCUCAGUAGCUGAAGGCGCGUAUGUUUCGCAGGACAUCUCCUGUAAUACAGAUAGGCGUAGAACCGCUCUUUCACAUCUACAAAUAC